AUGAAAUGGCUUCGCUGGUGUCUUGGUGCUCCGGGGAGCCGGUUACAUCGGUGCUGUGAGCUCGGACCGGACGGAGGAGGGAGCACACGGAGUACGAUUGCUGCUUCUCUUAUCACCGGAAUAAAAUUUAAGGGGUUUUCCUUGUCCGGGAGUGAUGCAUUGGAAACUCGAAGUCAGGAACCAUAUUCCAAAGGAUCCUUGGAGCCUCACAAACCAGUGAAAAGCAAGAAAAAACGGGAGCUGAGGAUAACAUGUGUCCCCAUCAAACAGCCCGUUGCCAACACAACGCCCCCGAGGAACUUGGACUCCAGAACGUUCAUUACCAUCGGAGAUAAAAACUUCGAGGUGGAAGCUGAUGACCUGGUGACAAUUUCGGAGCUGGGCCGUGGGGCCUAUGGUGUGGUGGAGAAAGUCCGGCACGCGCAGAGUGGCACCAUCAUGGCUGUCAAGAGGAUUCGAGCAACUGUGAACACUCAGGAGCAGAAGAGGUUAUUGAUGGACUUGGACAUCUCCAUGAGGACAGUUGACUGCUUCUACACCGUCACCUUCUAUGGAGCCCUCUUCCGUGAGGGCGAUGUGUGGAUCUGCAUGGAGCUCAUGGACACCUCCCUAGAUAAAUUCUACAAGAAAGUACUGGAGAAGAAGAAAACCAUCCCUGAAGACAUUUUGGGGAAAAUGGCCGUGUCCAUUGUACGAGCUCUGGAGCAUCUGCACAGUAAACUGUCUGUAAUCCAUAGAGACGUGAAACCUUCCAAUGUGCUGAUCAACAAGGAAGGACACGUAAAAAUGUGUGACUUUGGAAUCAGCGGCUACUUGGUGGACUCGGUUGCGAAGACCAUGGAUGCCGGCUGCAAACCGUACAUGGCUCCAGAAAGAAUAAACCCUGAGCUGAACCAGAAGGGCUACAACGUGAAGUCGGAUGUCUGGAGUCUGGGGAUCACAAUGAUCGAACUGGCCAUUCUUCGCUUCCCGUACGAGUCCUGGGGGACCCCCUUCCAACAGCUCAAGCAAGUGGUGGAGGAGCCUUCACCCCAGCUGCCCACCGAUCGCUUCUCCAAGGAGUUUGUGGACUUCACGGCGCAGUGCUUGAGGAAGAACCCUGCUGAGCGAAUGAACUAUUUAGAACUUAUGGAACACCCUUUCUUUACCUUGCACGACACCAAAGAGACUGACAUGGCCUCCUUCGUGACAGAGAUCCUCGGGGAAGACUCCUAA